GCCACAGUAGCGUGAAGAAGUGAACGACGAAUUUCAACAAAACACCGGCACGAUUAGCAGUUUUGUCAAAUAUAUGAUUUUCUGUAAAAUUCAGAAUGAGAGACGUCACCGGUUAUUUAGCUGAGCAACAGAGGACUUCGUGUGGUGAGCUAGCAGCUGAGUGGUCAAAGCUUGAAGAACUGUACAAUAAGAAAUUAUGGCAUCAGUUAACAGUGAAAGUUAUGGCAUUUGUGAAAAAUACCGAAUUCACAGCAAAGACAGAUCUCAUGAAGCUGUAUGAAAACUUCCUAGCAGACUUCGAGCAUCGGAUCAAUCUCCUAUCAUUUGUAGAAAUCAUCAUAUAUGUUGUGCGACAGAUUCCAGACCCAAAAGCAUGUUUGGAAUUCAUGGCAAAGGUGCAGGAAAAAGUGAAGACAUCGGAUCAAGCUCAAGUGUUAUGUUUGACCGUAACAGCAACAAUUUCCCUGCAGUUGCAGGACCUUCCAACGACAAAGGAUCUGAUAGAGAAAGCAGAGAAGCUACUUGGGGAGCAGGAUGGCGUGACGACGGUGCACAGCCGGUUCUACGACCUGUGCAGCAACUACUACAAGACGGUCGGAAAUCAUGCAAAGUACUACAGGGACACACUGCGAUUCCUUGGCUGCAUGGACCUCACAGAGAUGUCAGAACCUGAAAAGCAGGACCGAGCAUUUCAUCUGGGUCUGGCUGCUAUUUUGGGUGACGGUGUAUAUAAUUUUGGGGAGCUAUUGGCCCACCCUAUUUUGGAUGCGCUGAAGGGUACAGAGAAGCAGUGGCUUGUUGACAUGCUAUUCGCUUUCAACAGUGGUAACAUAGCUAAGUAUGAAAGUCUCAGACCCUACUGGACUAAGCAGCCGGAUUUGGCCGCACAUGAACUAGCUAUGAGACAAAAGAUUUCGUUGCUUUGUUUGAUGGAGAUGACCUUCAAGAGGCCAGCUAACAACAGACAGCUAACAUUUGAGCAAAUAGCCGGAGAAACCCGGCUUCCAGUGAACGAGGUGGAACUGCUGGUUAUGAAGGCAUUGUCACUGGGGCUCGUCAAAGGCUCCAUCGAUGAGACUGAGCAGAAGGUGCACAUGACCUGGGUGCAGCCACGAGUGCUUGACCUGCAACAGAUUGCCAGCAUGCAGGAGCGACUGACUGAGUGGUGCGUCGCUGUCAAGUCCAUGGAGAUGCUAUUGGAGAACAAGGCUGGCGAUAUUCUCACUCUGUAAAAUGCAGAUCGUUUCACCAUGAAGAGAAACAUCGAUUAUCCGCAUCCGGCGAUUCCGAGCGCGUUUUCAUCCUCGCAAACUUCCGUACCAUGUUCCCUUCGCGCACUAUAAGUCAGACAACGACAGCCACGUAACAUUGAUGGGAAUGGUUAAAGUGUAAUUGUGAUGAACGCAAGCAUGUGUAUAGGUCAGUGUAUUCCUGUUAGCCUGGAACAUCUGUUGCAGAGUUGCCUAAUGUAAUGUAAAUCAUAUUAUUCGGGAAGAACUGCUACAAGACGGUCUCGCGUUUCCCCUUAUAACUUUAAAGUUAAUGAUUUACACCAAUAAAGAAUGUUUGUGACACAAGCUAAUUAACAUUUUGGCUGAAAAUCUAAACACGAAUUCUGCCGAUUGUAUUCGAUGCUUUGCGCAUGAUGUUCACGAAUUGAAUUUGACAGAUUGCAACGAAAUAUCACAACAGGUAUUCAUAUCAUGUAUAACAGUA